AUGUGGCAGUCCGACGGGGAAGGCAGAUGCUAUCCGGAGGUCCAAGGCAGGAGGCGGAUGCAAUAUGGAAGUCCGAUGGGGGAAGUGGGCCUAGGUGGGGAAAUCCAUGGCGGCUUCCUGGAGGAGGAGGCGUGGCUGAGCUCAGCUCUGCAGCAAGCAGGCAGGCCGGGCCUCCAGGCCUCUCCAGACACCUUCGUGUCCAGCCACCACGCCUUUGCUGGCCAGUCCGGUCAGCCUCCUGUGGGGCCCGAUUUGCAGUGUGUGCCCCCAGGGGGCAGUUUAUGGGACAGCUUCGGGCAGCAUGAUGGGGGGUUGGCUCGGGCCCAGGCGGCCGGCGGCGGGGCAGAGGGAGAUGGAAAGUGUGGUCCAGACUCGCAGGAAGGACGAGGCGGCGGAGGCCGGCGUCCGGGAGGCCACCCCGUCCACGCGGCUGACUCCUGGGUCCCCCACGUCUUGUCCAGGCUUCCCACGCCAUCCCCAGGGGGCUACGCGGAGCAGAGCGGCAGUCCCCGGGCAGGGAUGGGCUCCGACCAGGAGGACAGCAAGCCCAUCACGCUGGACACAACCGACUUCCAGGAGAGCUUUGUCACCUCUGGCGUGUUCAGCGUCACCGAGCUCAUCCAAGUGUCCCGGACACCCGUGGUGACAGGUACAGGACCCAACUUCUCCUUGGGGGAGCUGCAGGGGCACCUGGCAUACGACCUGAAUCCAGCCAGCACUGGCAUGAGAAGAACGCUACCCAGCACCUCCUCCAGCGGGAGCAAGCGGCACAAAUCGGGCUCGAUGGAGGAAGACGUAGACACGAGCCCCGGCGGCGAUUACUACACCUCGCCCAGCUCUCCCACGAGUAGCAGCCGUAACUGGACGGAGGAUAUGGAAGGAGGCAUCUCGUCCCCGGUGAAGAAGACAGAGAUGGACAAGUCACCGUUCAACAGCCCGUCCCCGCAGGACUCGCCCCGCCUCUCCAGCUUCACCCAGCACCACCGGCCCGUCAUCGCCGUACACAGCGGGAUCGCCCGGAGUCCCCACCCGUCCUCAGCCCUGCACUUCCCCACGACGUCCAUCCUGCCCCAGACGGCCUCCACCUACUUCCCUCACACGGCCAUCCGCUACCCCCCUCAUCUCAACCCCCAGGACCCGCUCAAAGAUCUCGUCUCGCUGGCCUGUGACCCGGCCAGCCAGCAGCCUGGACCGUUAAAUGGAAGUGGUCAGCUCAGAAUGUUCAAUCACUGCCUUUCCACUCAGAUGCUGGCGCCUCCGCCCCCGGGGCUGCCUCGGCUGGCGAUCCCCCCUGCCACCAAACCCACCACCACCUCCGAGGGAGGAGCCACGUCGCCAACCUCGCCCACCUACUCUACGCCCGACACGUCCCCUGCAAACCGUUCCUUUGUGGGAUUAGGACCAAGGGAUCCUGCGGGCAUUUAUCAGGCACAGUCCUGGUACCUGGGAUAACAAAGGUCUUCCCACGCUCCUUCUCCAUCAUCCCGGGAAUCCCAGGGGGCAGCCCAGCCGGCCCCCGGCCCAUGUUUUCGGUG